AUCUGCACCCCAAAGUCACGGAGACUACGCUCUAUGCCAAGUUUUCCCAGGUUGGUUCCCUUCUCGGUGCCCGUAUCUGUCGCGACGUCGGUUCCAAAGAUUCUCUUGGCUAUGGAUACGUGAAUUUUACUGAUCCCAGAGACGCCGAGCGCGCCUUGGAAACUAUGAAUUAUGACAUGCUGGAGGGCAGGCCAAUUAGGAUCAUGUGGUCUCAACGCGAUCCGUCUCUACGAAAGUCUGGAAAGGGGAAUGUUUUCAUUAAAAAUCUGGAUAAAUCCAUCGAACAAAAAGAACUUUAUGACACGUUCAUAUACUUUGGAAAAAUUCUCUCGUGCAAGAUAGCUACUGACGAUCAUGGAAGUUCCAAAGGGUAUGGAUUCGUGCACUUUGAGACUGAGGAGGCUGCCAAAAGCGCCAUCGAAAAUGUCAAUAAUAUGAUGAUCAGGGACCGUAUUGUUUAUGUCGGUAAUUUUGUACCAGCAUCAGAACGAAAGCCGAAGGGUAGUCGGCAAAAAUUUAACAAUUGUUAUGUCAAGAAUUUUGGCCCUGAUAUGGAUGACGAGAAGCUUCAUUCUCUUUUUUCCGAGUUCGGUGAAAUAAAAAGUGCGGUAGUAAUGAAGGAUGAGCAUGGAAAAUCGAAGGGCUUUGGUUUUGUUUGUUAUCACAAUCCUGAUCAUGCUGAGACCGCUGUAAGGGCGAUGCAUAAUAAGGAGCUUGAUGGCCGCCAGCUAUACGUUAGUCGUGCUCAGCGCAAGGAAGAACGCCAGGAAGAACUUAAACAACGUGCGGAAAAGCAAAGACAGGAAAGGCAGUCUAAAUACGAUAAAGGUGUGAAUCUUUAUGUCAAGAACCUCGACGAUGCCAUUGAUGAUGAACAACUUAGGACUGCUUUUCUCCAGUUUGGUCCUAUUACUAGCGCCAAGGUCAUGGUCGAUUCUAACCGUCGUUCACGGGGCUUUGGUUUCGUAUGCUUCCAGAUGCCUGAUGGCGCGACAAGAGCGGUCUCAGAGAUGAAUGCCGCAGUGCUUGGUAGCAAGCCUCUAUAUGUGGCUAUUGCUCAAAAGAAGGAGGAUCGUAGGAUGAAAUUACUUGCCCAACAUCACCAACGAAUCUACAAUCGAGGCAACAUCAACACACUCAUCUCUUCAGCUACGGCUCAUCCUAACGCCAGCUUCUUUUCCACAGCUGCCUUUGCCCAACAUGGUCGCUUUUACCCGCAGGUCCUUAGUCAGCCCAAAUGGAGCCGCCAGACUGCAGCGUUGCAAGCACCUGCCCUUUCUACAGCCCAUCACACCCUCGGGGCUGCUGUCGCAGCUCGAACUAAUCCUCCCUUAGCAGGUCACUUUCCUAUCCCACCUCCCCAAGCUGGUGCACCACCUACGGGUCUUCCUCCGACUCCUUUAAAUCCUGCAGUCGCGUACCCUGCAGCUCCUGCCGCAGUCGGAGGGAUGGGUAUUGGGCAGGCCUUUAGGCAACAACCACCGGGCCCGAAUGCAGCUUCUGCAGCACAGAACCCUGCAGCUAUGUCUGCAGCAGCAGCUGCCGCUGCGGCUGCUUCGGCCAUCGCUUCCAGAGGUAUUUUGCCCACUGGAGCGUCUGUUACCGGUCCUGGUGCAAUAAUGAAUUCUAACUUAGUCGAUGUGGCUAUGGUGGCUGCCCAACGCCAGCAACAACAGGCAGCUGUGGCGGCAGUCAACGCUGCUCAUCAGCGAGCAGUGGUGGGGUUGGGAGUUCAGCAAACAGGGCCGAGGGGACCACCUGCGGUUUCGCAGACGGGCUUAACGCUACAACAGCAUCAAGUGAUGCUCAACUCUGCACGACCCACAAUGGCAGCCGUAGCUGCUGCCCAAGGUGUCGGUGCUAUUCGUGUUAGUUGA